AUGGUUCCCCAAUGGGGGAGAAUGCGCACAGGAAAUACUAUUCGGUACAAUGCUAAGAGGCGUCACUGGAGGAGAACCAAGCUCAAGCUGUAAGCCUGUAAUGGACUGUAUGUAAGCUAAAAUAAA